GUGCACUUGCCGGGCGGUGCAGGUGGCGGCGCGCGCCCUCCGCCUCUGGGCCCCCGCCAGCGCCUUGCUCCGCACGCCCGGAGGGGGCGGGAGAGGCGGGGCGGCCCCGUCCCAGCCCCAUUUAACUUCUCGGCGGCGGCGGCGACUGCGGCGCCGCGGGCUGGAGGCCAGCGUCGGGGAAGGUCCCGGUCCCGGAUUCCGCACGAGGUGUUGACUGGGCCGCUUCUGUCCGCCUCUCCUCCGCGCGCGCCGAGCCCGCGCGGCCCGGGCUGCACGUCCGAGACGCUUCUGCGGCGCCAGGCUGCAAGUGAGACCCCCAGGAGACUGGACCCCAUGGCUUCCUGGAAGAGCCCCUGGUGGCUGCUGACAUGGAUGGUCUUCAUGCACUCUGCCCUCCUGCAGGUAAUAGGGAGGGGAAGAGGAAUGACCACAGCAGAGAAGUCUCCUGGGGCCUAUUUCCUUCCUGAGUUUGCACUCUCCCCUCAGGGAAGUUUUCUGGAAGAUACAACAGGGGAGCAGUUCCUCACGUACCGCUAUGACGACCAGACUUCAAGAAACACUCGUUCGGAUGAAGACAAAGAUAGCAACUGGGAUGCUUGGGGUGACUGGAGUGACUGCUCCCGGACUUGUGGGGGAGGAGCGUCCUAUUCUCUGCGGAGAUGUUUGACUGGCAGGAAUUGUGAAGGGCAGAAUAUUCGAUACAAGACAUGCAGCAAUCAUGACUGCCCUCCGGAUGCGGAGGACUUCAGAGCCCAGCAGUGUUCAGCCUACAACGAUGUCCAGUAUCAGGGGCGUUAUUAUGAGUGGCUUCCAGAGUACAAUGAUCCUGCUGCCCCCUGUGCGCUCAAGUGUCACGCACAGGGACAGAACCUGGUAGUGGAGCUGGCACCCAAGGUCUUGGAUGGAACUCGUUGCAAUGCUGACUCCUUGGACAUGUGUAUCAGCGGCAUCUGCCAGGCAGUGGGCUGCGACCGGCAACUGGGGAGCAACGCCAAGGAAGACAACUGUGGCGUCUGUGCUGGUGACGGCGCCACCUGCAGGCUGGUGCGGGGACAAUCAAAGUCACAGGUUUCUCCUGAAAAAAGGGAAGAAAAUGUAAUUGCUGUUCCUUUGGGAAGUCGAAGUGUGAGAAUUACAGUGAAAGGACCUGCACAUCUCUUCAUUGAAUCAAAAACACUGCAAGGAAGCAAAGGAGAGCACAGCUUUAACAGCCCUGGAGCUUUUGUUGUAGAAAAUACAACAGUUGAAUUUCAGAGGGGCUCCGAGAGGCAAACCUUUAAGAUUCCAGGACCUCUGAUGGCUGAUUUCAUCUUCAAGACCAGGUACACUGCGGCCAAGGACAGCGUGGUCCAGUUCUUCUUUUACCAGCCAAUCAGUCAUCAGUGGAGACAAACUGACUUCUUUCCCUGCACUGUGACAUGUGGAGGAGGGUAUCAGCUCAAUUCUGCUGAAUGUGUGGAUAUCCGGUUGAAGAGGGUGGUUCCUGACCAUUAUUGCCAUUACUACCCUGAGAAUGUGAAACCAAAACCAAAACUGAAGGAAUGCAGCAUGGAUCCUUGCCCAUCAAGUGAUGGAUUUAAAGAGAUCAUGCCCUAUGACCACUUCCAACCUCUCCCUCGCUGGGAACAUAAUCCUUGGACUGCGUGUUCGGUGUCCUGUGGAGGUGGGAUUCAAAGGCGGAGCUUCGUGUGUGUGGAGGAGUCCAUGCAUGGAGAGAUACUGCAAGUGGAAGAAUGGAAGUGCAUGUAUGCACCUAAACCCAAGGUUAUGCAAACCUGCAAUCUGUUCGACUGUCCCAAGUGGAUUGCCAUGGAGUGGUCUCAGUGCACAGUGACUUGUGGCCGGGGGUUACGUUACCGGGUUGUUCUGUGUAUCAACCAUCGUGGACAGCACGUUGGUGGCUGUAAUCCACAACUGAAGUUACACAUCAAAGAAGAAUGUAUCAUUCCCAUCCCGUGUUACAAACCCAAAGAAAAAAGUCCAGUGGAAGCGAAAUUACCUUGGCUGAAACAAGCACAAGAACUAGAAGAGACCAGAAUAGCAACUGAAGAACCAACGUUCAUUCCGGAGCCCUGGUCCGCCUGCAGCACCACGUGUGGGCCAGGCGUUCAGGUGCGAGAGGUGAAGUGCCGCGUGCUCCUGACGUUCACGCAGACGGAGACUGAGCUACCCGAGGAAGAGUGUGAAGGCCCCCAGCCGCCCACUGAGCGGCCCUGCCACCUGGAACCCUGCGAUGAGAGCCCCAUCUCCCGUGAGCUGGCCGCCUCCCAGCAGGAGCAGGACAGUGAGAUGAUUUACGACUGGGAGUAUGCUGGGUUCACCCCUUGCACCGCCACGUGUUUGGGAGGCCAUCAAGAAGCCAUUGCAGUGUGCUUACACAUCCAGACCCAGCAGACGGUCAACGACUCCUUGUGUGAUAUGGUCCACCGUCCUCCAGCAAUGAGCCAGGCUUGUAACACGGAACCCUGCCCGCCCAGGUGGCACACGGGCUCUUGGGGACCCUGCUCAGCUACCUGUGGUGUUGGAAUCCAGACCCGAGAAGUGUACUGCCUGCACCCUGGGGAAUCCCCCUCCCCUCCUGAGGAAUGCCAAGAUGAGAAGCCCCAUGCCUUACAAGCAUGCAAUCAGUUUGAUUGCCCUCCUAGCUGGCAUAUUGAAGAAUGGCAGCAGUGUUCCAGGACUUGUGGUGGGGGAACUCAGAAUCGCAGGGUCACCUGUCAGCAGCUGUUAACGGAUGGCAGCUUUCUGAGUCUCUCAGAUGAAUUGUGUCAAGGGCCCAAGGCAUCUUCUCAUAAGUCCUGUGCCAGAACAGACUGUCCUCCGUAUCUAACUGUGGGAGACUGGUCAAAGUGUUCUGUCAGUUGUGGUGUUGGAACCCAGCGGAGACAGCAGGUAUGCCAAAGGCUGACGGCCAAAGGCCGGCGUGUCCCCCUCAGUGAGACCGUGUGCAGGCAUCUUCCUGGGCCCCCUCUUGUGAGAUCUUGCCGAAUGCCUGUGUGCAGGAAAAUGCAACCAGAGAUGAAGACCAACCUUGGCAAGCAGGGUCCUCAGAUCCUUGGUGUCCAGAGAGUCUACAUUCAGACAAGGGAAGAGAAGCGCCUUAACCUGACCGUCGGGAGCAGAGCCUAUUUGCUGCCCAACACAUCUGUGAUUAUUAAAUGCCCAGUGCGACGAUUCCAGAAAUCUCUGAUCCAGUGGGAGAAGGAUGGCCGUUGUCUGCAGAACUCCAAACGACUCGGCAUCACCAAGUCAGGCUCACUAAAAAUCCACAGCCUUGCAGCCCCCGACAUCGGCAUGUACCGGUGCAUUGCAGGCUCUGCCCAAGAGACAGUGGUGCUCAAGCUCAUUGGCACUGACAACCGGCUCAUUGCACCCCCAGCCCUCAGAGGGCACACAGGGGAAUAUCCUGGGAUGGACCACAACGAAGCCAAUAAUUUGGGAGCCACAUGGCAUAAGAUGAGGCAGAAGUGGAGUAACAAAAAUGAGCUUUAUUUGGACGAUGGCCAAAUCCAUCACCAGCCUCUCUUAAGAGCUCUGUUGGGUCACUGCAGCCAUUCUGCAGGAAACGCCAACUCCUGGGAGUUUGAGAAAAAGCAGUUUGAAUCCGCAGUUAAACAGGGAGCCUACAGCAUGGAUACCGCCCAGUUUGAUGAACUGAUAAGGAACAUGAGUCAGCUCAUGGAGACCGGAGAGGUCAGUGAUGACCUUGCGUCCCAGGUGAUACAUCAGCUGGUGGCCGAAUUAGCGAAGGCGCAGUCCGCACACGUGCAGUGGACCGGCAUCCUGGGAGAGGCGCCUCCUGCGGCUCACCUACGGGGGGAAACGGGAAGUGUGCCCCAGAGCUCAAAUUCGAAAAACUCAGGCAAGCUGACAUUCAAGCCAAAGGGACCUGUUCUCUUGAGGCAAAGCCAGCCCACCUCAAUUUCUUUUAAUAAAACAGUAAAUUCAAGGAUUGGAAAUACAGUCUACAUUACAAGAAGGACGGAGGUCAUCAAUAUACUGUGUGAGCUUGUUACCCCCGGUGAGGCCACAUAUACAUGGACCAAGGAUGGAGCAUUGUUACGACCCUCCAAAAAAGUCAUUCUGGAUGGAAUGGGGAAAAUACAGAUACAGAAACCUACAAAGAAAGAACAAGGAAUAUAUGGAUGUUCUGUUGCUAAUCAUCUCGGUUCGGAUGUGGAAAGUUCUUCUGUGCUGUAUGCAGAGGCACCUGUUAUCUUGUCUAUUGGAAGAAAUAUCACCAGACCGGAGCACAGCCAUCUCUCCGUCGUGAUUGGAGACAUCGUGGAAGCACCCCAGCGAGCAAACGUGACCAUCCAAUGUCCUGUAAAAGGUGUCCCUCAACCUAAUAUAACUUGGUUGAAGAAAGGAGGAUCUCUGAGUGACAAUAUUUCCUUGCUUUUCAAUGGAUCCCUGUUGUUGCAGAAUGUUUCCCUUGAAAGUGAAGGAACCUACGUCUGUACAGCCACCAAUGCUCUUGGAAAGGCGAUGGCAUCAUCCAUCCUCCACUUCCUGGAGACUUUCUGGGAGCUUGGUAGCUGGACACAGUGUUCUGCCACUUGCGGCCACUUGGGAGCCCGAGUUCAGAGACCCCAGUGUGUAAUGGCCAACGGGCAGGAAGUGAGUGAGGCCUUCUGUGAGCAUCUCCAGAAGCCGCUGGCUGGGUUCCAGCCCUGUAACAUCUGGGACUGCCCCUCGAGGUGGUUCACGGGCACGUGGUCAGAGUGCUCUGUGUCUUGCGGUGAAGGAUUCCGCAGUCGGCAAGUGACCUGUAAGCGCACGAGAGCUAAUGGAACUGUGCAGGUGAUGCCUCCGAGAGCAUGUGCCCCCAGAGAGAGGCCUCUGGGAAGAAGACUCUGCUCCAGUCACCCGUGUGUUCAAGGGCUUAUUGAACCAGGGAACCAGUGUCCUGGACGUUGCCUGGGUCGCGCUGUGAGGAUGCAGCAGCAGCAUCAUAUAAUUUGUCAACACCCCAACCGUUCUGAGUCCGGCUGUGAUGACAGGAGAUUAUUUGGACGUUCAACAUAUAGAGACACCCCAAAGAGAAAGGAAAAAGUAGCAUUGAGAAUAGACAGACCCACCUUUUGGAGGAACUGCUCGUCGGGGGCUCGUGACGCAUGUUGGCACGCAGGCCCUUGGAGGCCCUGUACGUCAGCCUGUGGUCAGGGCUUCCAGUCUCGGAAGGUGGACUGUGUCCACACAAGGAGCUGCAAGACGGUGGCUGAGAGACGCUGCGAGCCAGGGAAGAAACCCUCUUCCUGGCGGCACUGCCUGGGGCCUUCCUGUGAUAGAGGCUGCACAGACACAACUCACUACUGUACGUUUGUAAAGCAUCUUAAUUUGUGUUCGCUAGACAUCUACAAACAAAGGUGCUGUCAGUCGUGUCAAGAAGGAUAAAACUUUGCAGGGGGGUCCUAAUGCUGCUGUGAAGAUGAAACAAAAUGUAAAAGCUCUCUUCCCCAUGUAGCUGGCACAAAAACAUGUAUUUCUUUACAAAAAAACCCUCUAGAUUCUACAAUCAGACAGAAGUCGAUGCAAAAUCACCACUGUUAAAAUUUGGGACUGUCAUUUCCCCAUGGCCGGUUUUUAAUUCCAACUCUUUUAAAUGAUAUGUUCCAGGACUAACAUAAAAUACCGUAGCAGGUACACCAUUGCACUUGGGACCUCGUCGUGUCCUUCUAAUCAGGAAAUCACCAAGAUCACCUGUGCAUUGUCAGGAGCUGCCUCUUCCUGUGAUUUAUAGACUAGUACAGAGUAGGACAUCCUGAAGGCUUGAGAAACACGGCAACUGAUGACUUCUCUGUUUUAGGGUUGCAACAGAUUUAUAAGGCAUUUACAUUUUAGAAGCUCUGGCCGAUAGUUGUUAAGAUGUUGGCUCUAAUGGCAUUUUUAUGGACCCUUACGUUUAGUCUGUGAAAAGGAGACAAUCACUGUGGACAGGCUUGUGACUCUUGACUGAUCCAGGCAUCCUUGGGGAAUGGCAUCUUAUCCUUGCUCUUAGAGAACUUAGGGAAGAAAACACAGAGUAAACAUUGCUGCCAUUUUCACAACUAUGGAAAUCGAUCUGUGACCAAAUGAGGCAUCUUGGAAAUUAAAGGAGAGGGAAAGUAACCUCUUCUACUGAUUUUGAAGUAUAUUCAAAGCGUUCUUUUAAGAGCUGUGAAUGAGACUUUUCUCAGCACUAUUCUCUUGCACAAAAACAGAAAAACCAAAGCCUUGUUAGACCUAAUUUAUGCAUAAGAUAGUAUUCCUAAGGAUUUUUAUUUUGGAAAAAUUAUGAGAAAGUAAUCUAACUAUGAAACAUGAUAGCUGAAAAGAGCUGUUUAUAGUAAAUAAUUGUUUUAAUUUGAACUGAUUUUUCAGUAAAUCCAAAGUGAAUUAGGGUUAGGCUGGAAGGUACAGUUAGGAUGAGGGGUUAGAGUUAGGAUUUGGUGAAUAAGUUUAGGGUUCAGUUUAGUUUUAGCCUUGGGUUAGGUGAGAAAAAUGGAGGUUAAGUUAGGGUUAAGGCUAGAGUUGGCUUUAUGGAUUAGGGUUAGGUCAGAGUUGGUUUGGGUUUGGAUCGUGCCAAUGCUGGCAUUAGUGAUGGCGUCCGGGUGGAGGUAAAGUUUGGAUAAGUUGUUGCUGCUGAAGGAGUUGGGAAGUAGUAUUUAAUUGUAAGUUCUAAAGCUGAUUUGGUUAGGGGGCUCUUACCUUACAUUCUACCAGUUAUGGCUUUGGAUGGCACACAACCCCAAAUAAGUGGUCAUACUUCUUUAUUCGGGGUCCCAGCUGCCUGUGCGCAUGUUGCCUAUAGCCUGUCGGCAGCAAAGUUACCUGAAGCAGGUGUGCUGGCCCUAGUCCCUGGUCACUCGUAAGUGAGCAGUGCGUUCUGGCUUUGGAUUUGUCUGUGGACAAGCUUGCUGAGUCUCUCUGCCAUCUACUGAGCACCAGGUCUCUUGUUCUAACUGCAGCCUCACUGACACUGGGAUGAGCACUACUGUACGUGGAGGGUUUGGUGGUUGGGAACGGGUGCGGGGAUGUGACGAGGACACACCAGCCUGUGAGUUGUUCAUCAUCAAUCACACUUGAUUGUUGAAGGCUUUUUAAAUUAAAGAGAGAUCAUUUGUACAAUACUCUUUGUAUAUAUUUAUUAUAUGACUUAAAGGUGCAAUAUUUUAUUUUGUACAGUAUGUAAUAAAGACAGGGGACAUGUAUUUUUCUUAUUAACAAAAUUUCUUAUUAAACUGCUUCACUUUGUAUUUAAAGUUGCUAUUUUUCAUUUGCUGUUGUACCUUUUGUCUUGUUAUCAUUCAAAUGACCUUCCUGUGUACUGUAUUUUACUACUGUUUCUAUCACCUAAGAGUUAAUAUUUCUCUUUCACGAUCCUGACUAGGA